GGAAGCACUUGCCGGCACUUCCGGUGGUCCGGGACCCAAGGCUUCCUCGGAGAUGUCUUGGGUCCGAGCGGUUCCCGAGAUUCCCAGCUCUGGGGAUCAGGACGUGUUUGACGAGGAAGCGGACGAGACUCUGUUAGUGCAGCGGGAAUGGCAGGGACACAUGAGGAGACGAAUCCAAGAAGGUUACAGAGAUGGAAUAGAUGCUGGCAAAGCAGUUACUCUCCAACAGGGCUUCAAUCAAGGUUAUAAAGAAGGUGCAGAAGUCAUUAUAAACUAUGGAUUACUCAGAGGAACAUUGAGUGCUUUGCUCUCCUGGUGUCACCUUCAUGGUAAUAGUUCAACUUUGGUCAGUAAAAUCAAUAAUCUUCUGGACGCAGUUGGCCAGUGUGAAGAGUGUGUGCUCAAACGUCUGAAGUCAGUCGCUCCACAGCCCCAAGUUACAGAUUUAUUGGACUCCAUUGAGGAUAUGGACCUUUGUCAUGUAGUUCCAGCUGAGAAAAAGAUUGAUGAAGUUAAAGAUGAAAGACUCUGUGAAAAUAGUGCUGAAUUUAACAAAAACUCUGACAAGAGUCAUAUCCGGACAGAUUGUUCACAUUCAGAAUGUUGCAGAACACAAGAGCAUGAACAUUUAGAAAAGCCAAGCCUCACUUGGAUUCUGGAACAGACAGCUAGUUUAGUGAAACAGCUGGGAGUGUCAGUAGACGUAUUACAGCACCUGAGACAACUCUAAAAUUAUCUCCCCUUUUGGAGUGCAAGUAGUGCUCACAAAUUUUCCUUAGAGCAUUGUGUUUCUAAAAAAGGUAACCAUUGGUUGAAUAUUUAACAUGUAGUUACCCCUUGUGGAAGUAUAAGGGGCUCUGUGCUAACAUUAGUAAAUGGAAUAUAAGCCUUUGUCUUUGUUAUUGGUAAUUUUUUAGCUUUAGAUAUGCUCAGAAAUCCUCAUUGUCAUUUUCAAGUUUCUAAUCAAAAUCUAGUCAUUUUUAGACUAGCAAAACCCAAGAUCAAGGGGAAAAAAAUCUAAUGCUACUUUCUGCUUCUGUCAGUAUCAGGUGGUUUAGGAUCUCAUCACCAGCAACCAAACCAGAGUUGCCAGAAAUAGCUUAAAGUAGUUGUGUAAAUAGCAAUACAUUGAAAUCAAGAGACCUUAGAAACUGACACAAUAUUUAUAUCAUUGAUUAAAUAAUUAAAAGCCAAGUGUUAAAAUUGACCUUAUUUACAUAUUGGUUAUAGACCUUCAAUUCUAUGAAAAAUAGAAAAAAUACAUUUCAUAUUGAACUAUAAAGAACUGCUUAGUUUUCUAGGUAGUGAGUAGUUGGCCAUGUUUUCUCAAAACAGACUAUUUCUGAACUGUAGCCUUGUUAUUUACAUUGGAAUAAAACACUGAGCCCAUUGACUUAUAUUACUUCAACAUGAAAAGUGUAAUAUAGCAUAGGCAGGAUCAUAUUCAGAUUUUUGUUCCUUGACUUAGAUAUCAGGAAAGGAUUUUUCAUCACUUUUCCCCACCUGGAGUUAAUAUGAAAUGCCUGACUUGAGAGGCACCCAAGUAAUUGUCCCAUACUGACAGCUUCAGUUGCUGUUUGGCCAGUAUUUAGCUAUGCUGAGAGAUGCUGCCCUAGUAAGAAACUAGCAGGAACACCUAAGGGACUGCGAAAAUAAUCUACUGGUUUCUUAGAUCCCUCUUUAAAAUGCACAGAAUAUUAAGAAAUUGAGGCAGCAAAUUUGGAAGUAAUGUUGUUUCCGGUGUGCUAAAACAUGCUUAAGGUAUCAGAGUGACAUUUGAUGGCUUAUUUUCUUUUUUUUAUUCUGAAACUUAAUUGUAGUACUGGAGAUUGAACCUAGGACCUCAUGAGUGAGUUUUAAACUAAAACUCAAAUCUAUAGAAUAUCAUAAAUAAUAGUCUCUAGAGCAGCAGUUCUCAACCUUCCUAAUGCUGCAACCCUUUAAUACAGUUCCUCAUGUUGUGGUGACCUCCAACCAUAAAAUUAUUUUCAUUGCUACUUCAUAACUAAUUUUGCUACUGUUUUGAAUCAUAAUGUAAAUAUUUUUGGAGACAGAUUUGUUAAAAGGGGUCAAGAUCCACAUGUUGAGAACCUCUGUCCUAAGGUGUCACUGUUGUUCUGUCCUGUAUGUUAUAGAAAUAACCACCUCUAACAAUGCAUCUCAAGAUGGCUACUCUAGGUAAAGAUUUGAAUGUAAUAAAUCCUGAGAUUUUA